AUGGAAUUGACCGACGUGCGCUACCCGGUCUACGAGCCCACCUCCGAUUGCGUGCUGUUCGUGAAGGGGCAGGCGGUGUGCUCACUGGACAGCAACAACGUGGUGGAUCUGGUCGCAGGCAACAUGCUAGCGCGUGGAUUUUUGGACCCGUGGGACCCAUACACGGAGCAGGAGACCGAUUGCAGUGGUGAUGGGUACCGGGGGGAGGCACGCUUUUCGACCAUAACCGCCCUGGCACCCGACGGCAAGGGCAGUGUGUACAUCGCGGAAGCCGAGCGCAUCCGCAAAGUGGACCUCCUAAGCGGCCAGGUGACAACCCUGCCGGGCUCCGCACCGCCAACCGGCUACACGUGGACUGGGCUGUCCCAUGAUGAUGAUGCCGAUGUGCUGUUUGCCGCGAUGGCCAGUGCGAUCUGCCGCAUUGAUCUAAUCACCUUGACUACAACUGCUGCGUCGGCGCAUGUGUCUGAUGCCAACGGAGAAGAGUGUACCACCCCAAUGAGCACAGCUGCCGGUGAGCUUAAAGCGAAGGUGAACCUUGUAGCUGGCGACUGGCAGGCGACCGGCAACACAGAUGGUCCGGGAACUAUCGCACGCUUUACUCACAUCAUUGCUAUCCUGGCUGGCGUACACCAGCAGCUGUACAUCCUAGAUCAUGACAAGUUCCGCAUCAUGAGUGCUAGUGGCUACGUCAAUACGGCACUUACCGGGCUCCCAACAGACCAGUGCUCUAUUGCUGCCUUGCCCAGUGGCGAGCUGGCUAUGGGCGUUAAGGGCUCCAGCUACUCCCUACUAAGGAUUGUCCGAGGGCCCCAGCUGGGGCCCAGCAGCCCCACGUCAGGCGGCAUCAAGGCUAGCCACUCCAUGCCUAGGCAAAGGCCAUCUGCCGCCCUCUCGAAACUGCACCAGACACUCCUUCUGUGUGUAGCAGGGGCGGAUGUAAACCCAGCCACCGUCAAUAUUCACACACGUGAUGGCACUGUCUUCGUGGCACAUCGUUCGGCCCUUGUGAGUCACAGCCAGUACUUCGAGAAGCUGCUGGUGCCGGGAGGUGGCUUCACCGACAGUGGUGCUGAGGAUGUUAAGUUGCCCGAUGCCGACCCGGCUGCAUUCCAGUGGCUGCUGGCCUACAUGUACACGGGGGAGCUGUACAUGCCAGAUGAGCUGCUACGGACUGCCGUACUUCUCGCGGAUCGGCUUUUGAUGCCACAAGAUUGUGUGGGGCAGCUGCAGAAGUGGCUGCUGGCGGUGGUCACCCCCCAGUCGGUGCUUUCGGAUCUUCUCUGGGCGGAGCAGCACGGCAUGACGUCACUGGUGCCACAGCUCAAGCUGUGGCUGGUGCGGCAGAGGAAGAGCGUGGUGUUGGGGGAAGAAGAUCUGCUGGGGGAAGAAGAUCUGCAACAGCUGAUAGUCUGCUGUCCAUGCCUGGUGGCUGACCUGAUCCGGAUGCCCUGA